AUCCAGGAAGUGAUGCACGGGUUGAUGAGUGGUCCGCAGAUAAUGGCCAAAUAAACCUGACAGAACUACAGCUGUCAUGAAAAUUUAAACCAUAUUUACUGACAUCAUACGAACCUCUUUUAAUUUCGUAUUUAUCAACAGUUGAGUCGACGGCAGACUGGAUUCAUUUAUUUAAAGAGACUCGUCUGAACCGAGGAGUCGUCUGGGCGUGUUUCUGUAAGGUUAUGCGUGGACAGCUGUGCCACAACACACAUACACAAGUUUAGAUCAUUGAGUUUGAUGUGCAUGGCCCUUGGUGUGGAAGCACCAUGAGUGCGGAGCCUGAUGUCUUGGCUGUGGUGAAUCAACUAAGGGAUUUGGCUGCUGACCCCCUCAAUAGGCGAGCUAUCGUUGAAGAUCAAGGCUGCUUGCCGGGCCUCAUUCUGUUCCUUGACCACCCCAAUCCACAAGUGGUCUACUCUGCGCUAUUGGCAGUGCGUUACCUGGCAGAAUGCCGUCCCAACAGGGAGAAGAUGAUGGGCGAGCUGGGGAUGAUGCUGAGCUUGCAAAACAUCAUGCAGAAGGGGACAUCGCCGGGCGAGACCAAGCUGCUGGCAUCUGAGAUCUACGAGAUCCUGCAGAACUCCAGUAGCGCAGAGGCCGAAAAAGCUCAAGCGGCCGCCUCGUGCCGAAGAAAAGCACAGUUCUUCCUGGGAGCAACGAACAAACGGGCCAAAACAGUGGUGCUUCAAAUCAACGGGCUUGACGAUUCGACUCGUAGAAGUCUCUGUGAGGAGGCCUUGCUAAAGAUCAAAGGAGUCAUCAGCUUUACUUUCCAGAUGGCAGUGAAGAGAUGUGUGGUCAGGAUCCGUUCUGAUCUGAAGGCCGAAGCAUUGGGAACUGCUAUAGCUGCAACCAAAGUCAUGACGGCACAGCAAGUGGUGAAGGGAGAAGAUGGAGCUGAGGUUGUAAUGCCAUUCCAGGAGGACUCUGAUGUGGUUGUAGAGCAGAACACACAUUUGCCAGAUUACCUGCCGGAAGACGAGAGCCCGUCUCAGGAGCCGCACAAGGCCGUGACACGACUGGGCUCCACUCAAGACGGCGUGAGCUGGCUGAACACGGCCGCUAACUUCCUGUCACGCUCAUUUUACUGGUGACCCCCCUGCAUGCCACGCUGCCCUCAAACAAUGCCGAGCGCACUUUGCAAUAAACUUAUAACCGUGUUUCAACUUAAAAAUCAAAGUCACUACAGGCGGUACGCUCCCAAAAGUCACAUUAGCGCUGCGCACGCACCACCUGAGACCCAGAGAGCAGCCGGGAGAAGUCGAUAGAAAGCAUUUCGUUGUAUUUGCUCUCUCUUACUCACUUUUAUGUUUGCUCUGUGCACUACGGCCCGGGGUUUGAAUUUCAAAUCCUUUGUCACGUAACGGGACUGUUACUGAUAAUGUGUGUCGUAUGUUGAGGUUUUCUAAAUUUAUACAAAUUUGGGUGCUUUUUGACGUGUAGUCUAACAUCUCCUUCAUCUCAGCUGUCUUUUUAAACAUCUUUACUUUAUUGUUUGAUCGUUCUAAUAAUGUUUUACCUAUUGGCACAUUUCAAAGCAUGCUGUAUAUUUCAUUGCCUUUAUUUUCUUCUCUGUGUAUACCUCCCCCCCAUCCAUGCGUGUGGCUUUUUUUUUAGCUUGUUGUGAUUUAGUUUCUCACUUUUCCACUAAAGGUAUGAUCUCUUCUUAUUUAUGUUUUAGGUUUAGUUUAUUGUUUCUGUGCAGUAAUUAUUUAACAGUCAUACCUCCAGAAAGGGCAAGUCACCUCGAAUAUCUGUUACGUCGUGUAGUACUAACCCUCUUUGUAUGUGCCAAGCACCAGAGUACCUUCUUUACACAAGUCAAAUAUGUUGUAAAAUACACCUGGCCGCGAGAACUUAAUAUAUGGUUUUCUGUUUUGUACAGUUUUAAAAUUUAAUCAAUGCAUUGAUUUCUUUAAUAGCAAUGCUUCUGACUUUAUAUACAUUUUUCUGCAUUAUAUUCUUAAAAAGCAUAAAUCUGAACGUUGCGUUCUGGGUCUUGUAUACACAUGAUCAUUUUAAGCGUGGGGUUCACCUGCUAGCCAAAUGCACAAUUCAAUCCACAGCACCUCUGCAUGAUCACCCACCGCCUUGUACCUUUUUUCUCUUUUUGGCCAAUAGUGUCUUUUAAAGUUAGUUUAGAAAAUGACCUCACAUAUCACAUUCAGAAAGUCCGCUCAGGGAUGUGUGUAUGCUAUCCCCUAACAGAAGGUGUUGCGUGUUACUGUAUCUGGGUGGGAAUUGAUGCGUUCAGUAUAGGGUUUACCAAAGGAGCCGCACACAUCAGUAUCAAAAUAAUUUACACACUUCUGUCCAAUAUAUGUCUGAUAUUAACUCAUGAUUUACUGAAAUCUUCACCUGAUGAUGAAAACCGUCAUCGAGUUGUUUGCCCUUUCAUAUUCCUGCUCUGCUAAAAUAAUUUGAACAUGUGUAUUUAAAGAGACGGUUUACCCAAAAAUAAAAAUUGUGAUAAACCCAUAUGACUUAACACAAAAGUGCAGGAAGACCAAUGUGAUCUGUGCUCACCAUUCACUUUUAAUUCCACAUAACAUGGUAAAUGAUAUGGCUUUGAAAUGAUACAAGGGUGUGUAAAUAAAAAUUUCAUUUUUACGUGAACUGUCCCUUUCUUUUAGGAAUGCUUUAAAAACUGUAUAAUAUUGUUUAAUUCACUUAUGUCCAUUUAAACUGAUAUGUUCAGAAAGGCAGCAGCAUUAGUGUACAGAAUUGCAUCACCGGACUCAUGGCAUGUUUUUAUUUAGGUCUAAGAGGGGCCAUCAGUAUUAUAUUUAUGAGAAAAAUGUUUAAUGGUAUUGAAAUCUGCAUUUUCUGUAUAUAUUCUUUCUUGUACUGUACAUCAUCCUUCAUUACAUUAUUUCAAGGGAAUGUUCACUGGUACCCCACGAUUCACAACCGGAGCCCAUUGUAGAUUUUAGUAGCUUCUCAUGUACUGUGCAUAUUAGCUGUUAUAUACAAUUUUAGGACGCACAAUUCUUGGCUGUUCACAGUAAUGACAAGGAUUAUUAAAACAUUAAAUAAAUUUGGUUUGUUGUGUUU